AUGCUGCCCAGAAACGUCUGCCAAAAACCGAAGGCCAAAAAGACACCCGUGGUGCUGAUCAAGACCCCCCUGCCGCCCGCAUUCCUGCCCUCGCCGCGCGCGCGCUCCCGCGCCCCCCGGCCCCCGCGCCGCCCCCUCCGGCGCCGCGCCGAGGGCCGUCUGCCCCGGUUCCACACAGCGCCAGGAACAGGGACGCCGGGCGAAACGACGGCAGCCGGCGGGGCAGGCGCCCUCGUGCGGGCCAGGGGUCGGCGCCCCGGGCCGCCCGGCGUCCACCGCGGGCCCCUCACGGCGCCCCCGGAGUCCACCGCGGGCCCCUCACGGCGCCCCGGGCCGCCCCGAGUCCACCGCGGGCCCCUCACGGCGCCCCGGGCCGCCCGGAGUCCACCGCGGGCCCCUCACGGCGCCCCGGGCCGCCCGGAAUCCACCGCGGGCCCCUCACGGCGCCCCGGGCCGCCCCGAGUCCACCGCGGGCCCCUCACGGCGCCCCGGGCCGCCCGGUGUCCACCGCGGGCCCCUCACGGCGCCCCCGGAGUCCACCGCGGGCCCCUCACGGCGCCCCGGGCCGCCCCGAGUCCACCGCGGGCCCCUCACGGCGCCCCGGGCCGCCCCGAGUCCACCGCGGGCCCCUCACGGCGCCCCGGGCCGCCCCGAGUCCACCGCGGGCCCCUCACGGCGCCCCGGGCCGCCCCGAGUCCACCGGGCGCCCCGGGCCGCCCGGUGUCCACCGCGGGCCCCUCACGGCGCCCCGGGCCGCCCCGAGUCCACCGCGGGCCCCUCACGGCGCCCCGGGCCGCCCCGAGUCCACCGCGGGCCCCUCACGGCGCCCCGGGCCGCCCCGAGUCCACCGCGGGCCCCUCACGGCGCCCCGGGCCGCCCCGAGUCCACCGCGGGCCCCUCACGGCGCCCCGGGCCGCCCAGCCCCUCCAGCGCCCAGGCCCACGCUCGGCUCCUCAGGGCGACCCGCAGACCCCUCGGGUCCGCCCGGGGCGCCCCCUGGGCCCUCCCGCGACGCCCCCCGACCCUCAGGCGCCGCGGAAAGCCCGCCCUGGGCCCCUCACGGCGCCCCCAGACCACAGCGACGCUCCAGGACGCCUCGCAGCCCGCCCCGGCCCCCCGGCCCCCCGGCCCGCGGAGGCCGCUCAGCCAGCAGGCCGCAAGGCCGCGCGCUCCCGGCCCCCGCCCCGACCCUCGGCCUCGGACGGCGGCUCUCACCGGCUCCGAGGGCGGCUCGGCGGCGGCGGGGCGCAGGCGCUGCCCAUGCAGCCCCGCCGGUUUCCCGGCCGCGCGGCCCGGGCGGGAAGGCGGCGGCGCGGGCUCGGGGCGCCGCCGAGCUGCGAGGGCCGCGAGAGGCGAGCCCGCCCCUCGGGCGCGCCCAGGGCUCGCGCGGGGCCGCGGUUCGGUCUGACGCUACUGCGGGGGCGUCUGGCCGCGGGCUCGGCGGCGGCGCCUCCCGGGCUGGGGCCCUCGCUCCAUCGCGCUCCGUCGCGGGCGGCCUCUGGCUCCAGGACCCAGCGGCGGCUGCGGCGGGCGCCGGGCGCAUGA